CUGGAAUCGCAUCUUCACUUCCUUCAAACGCAGGUUCGAGAAAUGGCGCGACAAAACCGCUUACUCCUCGAUCUUUAUCGAGGCUAUAACCUGCGAUCAUCUCCAUGCCAGUUUGUCUGUCGACAAUGCCAGUCAAACCCGAGCAAACACCCAUCUCGAUCCUUUUCGACAUCUCUACCAGCUCGGAAUGAGCUACGGCGAACCUUGGGCAGCCAGGAAAUCGCCGAGGUCGAUGAGGGAUAUGAGGGACCUCCAAUAGAAACGCCAGCUCCAAAUAUCUACCAAGCUGCCGAAACAUGGCAUGGGCUCGAAUGGGUUGGUACGGAGGAAUGGCAAAGAAAAUGGCGGGCUUCAAAACGGAUACCCUUCGCUAGUUUCCUCCCUCGAUCUCGCGAGCUAUCCCCCGCCCAAAUUCAGAACUUCGUGCAUAGGGCAAUUGUGGAGAUUUUCACUAUCAAAGCGGCGUCGAUGCCGGUUCGACGCGUUUCGCAGCUGCCGUCAGACUCGGUGAAUGAUGUAGCCCUUGCUACCACAAUCGGAGUAUCAGAGGAUGGAAAUCAAGUGACACUAGGUUUCCCAAGCGAAGAGGCAAGACUUUCUUUCAUCCCCGAGGAGGUGCAAAACCCGACUUCGCCGGAUCAACAGUUGGUGGAGAACGAGGAGGACGUUGAGGCUGCAAAAUCCGUCAAAGAUAUCGUCGGAAACACUGCCGUGGCGGACUCAGACAUUGAGGCUUGGAGAAACCUCUCCUUAGCUGAUCCGGAGAUAAAAUUCGCAGUCCUCAAGCGCGUAAUGCAGCUAUCUGGAAUCAGAGUCCCUGAUCAUUCCCUUCACAACGCCUUCACUGCCGGAGCAUUAUACGAGUGUCUUAUUCUCCCGCCGAAACAACCCAAGCUAGCGCAGGGGCUGCUUGCCAGUGAGCUGCUUGCUGCCCUUCCCAAUGUGAAAAUAUCGGGCAAGAAGAUAAGUGAGAUACAACGAGAAACGGAGGUUGGCAGGUGGAAGGUUAUCAAGGAAGAGCUCAGGAGUCGCGAUCUUCCGCUGCGGGUCCGUUGUUGAUUGUUUCCCAGCUUUGGUCAUGAAAGAGUCUUGUUUGCUCUCGAUAGAGUUUGUAUCAUCAGUUGUUGAUUAGCUGGAGGCGAUGAAUCCUAUUGGCUGGGUGUCGGCUUGGUGUUUCUGGCAAGGUGAAUUGGGUAACUUUAACUUAAAUCCCAGAUUUCUUACCAUGAAUCCAUCGCUGAUUUAUUUACGUGUAUUACACUUCUUCUCACUCACCUCCCACUUCCAACCUCUUCGCCCUUUACAUGUUGUCAUUUCUCACUUGAGAGUCCAAUACCUAUCAUAGUCUCCCAAACCCGAAUCUACACAUCACAUUGGGCAUAAGCGGAUUUUCAACUCUUUGGUACUAGAUGAAGCUAAGCACAUACAGUUAAGUAGUUAGUUGAAAAUCUCC